AUGCGACAAAACGAAAACUUAGUUGGAGAAAAAGUUAUUUUGGUUCCAUACAAACCUGAACAUGUACCUAUAUAUCACGAAUGGAUGCAAUCUUCUUUUCUUCAAGAAAUGACAGCAUCGGAACCAUUAACACUUGAGCAAGAAUAUGAAAUGCAAAGAACAUGGCACGUUGACAAAAACAAAUGUACAUUUAUAGUGUUGGUAAAACCAGAAAUAUCACAUGAAUUAACAAAUCAAGAAAUAAAAUCGGCAAAAAUGGUUGGUGAUGUUAAUUUAUUUUUUAAUGAUAUUGAAGACCCAAACGUUGCAGAAAUAGAAAUCAUGAUAGCGGAACGGUCACACCACAGAUCAGGUCUAGCUACGAAUGCAUUAUUGUUAAUGUUUAAUUAUGCAAUAAAUAUAUUAAAUGUAGCAAAGUUUACAGCAAAAAUUUCUACAAAAAAUCAAUCAUCAAUACAAUUAUUUACAAAGAAGUUCGAGUUUGUAGAAAUAGGGUUUUCCGAAGUUUUUCAAGAACAUUCAUUUGAACUAAAUGUUAAUGAAGAAACUAAAGAAAAGAUAAAGGAGGCAGUUAAAGGUAAAAUUGCUGAGAGAGUUUAUGAUGAGAUGUGA